AUGUGUGGAAUCUUCGCUUACUGCUCUUACCUGACGGAGAGGGACCGCAAGUACGUCUGUGACGUGCUCUGCAACGCCCUCGCCCGUAUGGAGUACCGUGGAUACGACUCGGCCGGUAUCGGAGUCGACGGCGACGCCCCGACCGACCCUAUCGUCCUCUUCAAGGAGGUCGGCAAGGUUGCCGCUCUCCGCAAGCACGUCGCCGGUGGUGUCCCCACCACUCCUCCCGGAGGAGCCGAGAUCACCGAGAAGAUUGACAUGAACAAGGUCUUUGUCUCGCAGACCUCGAUGGCCCACACCCGUUGGGCGACCCACGGUGUCCCCACCACUGACAACUGUCACCCCCACGUUUCGGACCCCCUCACCGAGUUCUCCGUCGUCCACAACGGUAUCAUUACCAACUACAAGGAGCUCAAGCUCGUUCUCCAGAAGCGCGGCUACGCCUUCCGCACCGACACUGACACCGAGUGUGUCGCCAUUCUCUGCAAGUACGUCUGGGACUCGCAGCCCAACAAGCGCCUCAACUUCCAGUCGCUCGUCAAGACUGUCCUCAAGGAGCUCGAGGGUUCGUUCGCCUUUGUUUUCAAGUCGCGCCACUUCCCCGACGAGAUUAUCGCUGCUCGUCGUGGUUCGCCCCUCCUCAUCGGUGUCAAGUCUGAGCGCAAGCUCAAGGUCGACUUUGUCGACGUCGAGCUCCCCCAGGACGACAUGAUUCCCGAGGCCGCCCAGGCCGACGGUCUUCUCGGUGUCCCCAACGCCGUCACUGGCUCGUCCAAGAUCCGCCGCCAGCAGUCGCGCGCUUUCCUUUCCGAGGACGGCAUCCCCCAGCCCAUCGAGUUCUUCGUGGCCUCUGACCCCGCUGCCAUCAUUGAGCACACCAAGCGCGUUCUGUACCUCGAGGACGACGACAUUGCCCACAUUGCCGAGGGCGAGCUCCACAUCCACCGCCUCCGCCGCGACGACGGUCUUUCGUCGGUUCGUGCCAUCGAGACCCUCGAGAUUGAGCUUGCCGAGAUCAUGAAGGGCCAGUACGACCACUUCAUGCAGAAGGAGAUUUACGAGCAGCCCGAGUCGGUGGUCAACACGAUGCGUGGGCGUGUCAACUUUGACAACUCGACGAUCACUCUUGGUGGUCUCAAGGCGUACCUUCCCGUUAUCCGUCGUGGACGCCGUCUCCUUUUCGUCGCGUGCGGCACUUCGUACCACUCUUGUAUCGCUGUCCGUCCCGUCUUUGAGGAGCUCACCGAAAUCCCCGUUGCCGUAGAGCUCGCGUCCGACUUCCUCGACCGCCGCACCCCCGUGUUCCGUGACGACGUUGCCAUUUUCGUUUCGCAGUCCGGUGAGACUGCCGACACCAUUCUCGGCAUGCGCUACUGUCUCGAGCGCGGCGCCCUCUGUAUCGGUGUCGUCAACGUUGUCGGCUCGACCCUCUCGCGUGAGACCCACGCCGGUGUCCACAUCAACGCCGGUCCCGAGAUUGGUGUCGCCUCCACCAAGGCGUACACCUCGCAGUACAUUGCUCUCGUCAUGAUGGCUGUCCAGCUCGCCUCCGACUCGAUCUCCAAGUCUGAGCGCCGCAAGGAGAUUAUCGACGGUCUCCACGAGAUCCCCUCGCAGAUCAAGACGAUCCUCGCCCUCGACAAGUCGCUCCAGCAGCUCGUCAAGGAGUCGCUCGUCAACGAGAAGUCGCUCCUCAUCAUGGGCCGUGGCUACCAGUUUGCCACCUGUCUCGAGGGCGCCCUCAAGAUCAAGGAGGUCUCGUACAUGCACUCGGAGGGUAUCCUCGCCGGUGAGCUCAAGCACGGUCCCCUUGCUCUCAUCGACGAGCACCUCCCCGUCAUCUUCAUCAUGACCAAGGACUCGCUCUACCCCAAGACCGCCUCGGCCCUCGCUCAGGUCACCGCGCGCAAGGGCAGGCCCAUUGUCAUCUGCAACGACGGCGACACCUCGCUCCCCGAGUCCACCAAGGUCGUCAAGGUCCCCGCCACCGUCGACUGUCUUCAGGGUCUCCUCAACGUCAUCCCCCUCCAGCUCAUCUCCUACCACCUCGCGUCCAUGAAGGGCAUCGACGUCGACUUCCCGCGUAAUCUCGCCAAGAGCGUCACGACCGAGUAG